AUGACCGAGAUCAGACCCGCUGACGCCCCCGCUGCCGCCGCGCCGCCUGCCUACGAGGAACCUGCUCAGCCGAUCCAGUCCUCGCCAGAAGCCACUCGCGUGCGACAGCGCCAUACCGAGGCAUCUGCCGUCCCAGAUGGCGACAAGGCCAUCACAGGCCGUGCGACAGGUACUGUGGCCCAAAGCGCUGGACGGCAGGUGCGCGGUGUCGCGAGUCUGGCAGCCGACGCUGUGGCUAGCGGCGCUUGGGCGUACCCUCUCCGUGGCGCGCUUUACAUCCUCACCCAUCCCACCCUCAUUGGCCCCGUCCUCCCUCUUCUACUCCGAGCGCUGCUCAUGUCGGCCGGCGUCGUCGCCGCAUGCUUCUUCUUCCUCUACCUCCCUCAAGUCGCGUGGCUCGCCUUCUUCACCGGACCACUCGCGUUCAUGGGCGCCGUGCCUCUGGUCCUCGGCGAGGCGUACAUCAUCCUCAUGUUCCUCGGAAAGAGUUUCCUCCUUGGUCAGCUCAACGUCGACCUCUUCGACGCUGUCUUGGUACAGAAGGGCAACGCGGCCCUCGUCCAGCAGCAGCGCCCAGUCACGACCAAGAGCUCUGGUGCGCGCCAGCUCGGCAAACUCCUCUCUCGCCCCCUCUCCAAACUCAGCACCGACAACCUCAUCCGCUAUCUCCUCACUCUCCCGCUCAAUUUCAUCCCCCUCAUAGGUCCCGUCUUCUUCCUCGGCUACAACGGUUACAAGUCGGGUCCUUCGGCUCACGCCCGCUACUUCCAGCUCAAGGGAUGGGACAAGAGCCGCCGUGCCAACUUUAUCGACCGCCGUCGCGGUGCUUACACUGCGUUUGGCAUGGUUUCCCUGCUUUUCAACAUGGUGCCAGUCGUCGGCGUCAUCCUCGGCCUCUCCAGCACUGUCGGCGCUGCACUUUGGGCUUCUGAGCUGGAGGGCAGCGCGCCUACUCAGGACGAAGUCGUCGUCAGCAUCCCUGCGCGGUAA